AUGGCCCAGAAGGCCACCUCGCCGUCGCGCGCACCAAGGGCGUUAUGGAAACGCUUCGAUCGAUCCAGGUGUUUACCCAAGUGGCUAUCUGAGACGACACUCAACACGUCCAUAAUGCCUCUCCCAACGACCCACGAAUUGCACAUCUUUGGUUCCUUCAAUGGUGUGGAGUUUGAUAUGGUUGGUCGCGGCAUCGGCAACCCUAAUGACGGGUAUGAGGAGCUAAACCUGAAGUCCACCAAGGGUGCCCUCAAGUUCUCCCCCUGGAUCCUGGUGCCUCAGAUCGGGUACGGCUUCCACCAGUACCUGCCUUACCCGGACGGAAUGUCGCCUUUCCAGGCCGCCAUGCAGGACGGCUCAGGGUACCAAGUCCAUCGCACGAUGCAGUUUGAAGACGGUGCCUCUCUGACUGCCCACUUCCGCUACACCUACGAGGGAAGCCACAUCAAAGGGGAGUUUCAGGUGAUCGGGACCGGAUUCCCUGCUGACGGUCCUGUGAUGACCAACAAGCUCACCGCUGCGGACUGGUGCGUGGUCAAGAUGGUGUACCCCAACGACAAGACCAUCCUCAGCACUUUCGACUGGACCUACACCACCACCGAGGGCAAACGCUACCAGAGUACGGUGAGGACCAACUACACCUUCGCCAAGCCGAUGGCCGCCAACAUCCUGCAGAAGCAGCCGAUGUUCGUGUUCCGUAAGACGGAGCUCCAGCACUCCAAGACCGAGCUUACCUUCAAGGAGUGGCAGAAAGCCUUCACCGAUGUGAUGUAAGCAUCCAGUGUGUAACAUUUGAUUGACAACACCCUAAGAAACAUUUUACAUUGUUUUCUGGCGACACCCAAUACUGCAGUAUGACUCGCAACUGCCUGAAGUUUUCAAUUUACAUGUACUUUGGUUUUGCUCAUAGUAUAAAACGCGUAUUCAGCCAUCAGCUACAAACUUUUGACAUUACUAGUAAUACCUUUGUGUCAUUUCUUCCAAAGGGUGUUUUAACAAUCAAAUGUUAAUCUGACUGGAUGUCUUGCAAAGUUUCUGCAUAAAGAAGAUAGUUUCUUUUAGCACUGCGGUGAAUGCGGGCUUUUGCUAUCUUAUAUUCUAAUACAGUCUUGUGUGAUUAAUAGAAAUGUACUAGGAGUUUCCCUCUAAGAUCAACAUGUCUUUCACCAUAGUUAUACAUGUACACCUAUCUACAAAAUUCUAGAAAUGAGCGCCAUUUUGAAAUUUGCUCUCGCGAGAGCACAGCCGGACGGGAAUGUGCGUGAGUUUGAAUCAGAAAGAGGCAUAAGAUGCAUAAUUCCCAUUUUGUAUCACCUUCACCACUGAUUUAUUCUGGCUAGUACAGAUCUCCUCUUUUUACAAAUUCAUCAACGAUUAGCAACAGUAAACUUAAGCUUUAAACAUAGGCUGAAUAUGAAAAUUGAAAAAAAAAUUACUAAUCUUCGUCUAUCACUCCAUAUACACAAGACAAUAAUGGCGAAUGUCUAAUCAAAUAUAAGUCUACUUCUUAACAUUGUUAGAACUAUUCUACUUCCUUGGCAACACUAAUAAAGGCUCUGGGUACUACUGCAUA